AUGUCCGAAUCAAUUGCCCUUAUGCGUCGCCGCCGAAGCGACGAGCUCCACAAGCUCGCAGAUGAGCAUUUCCAACAUGAUCUGCAAGCCGCUGAUCGCGACGCACUCAAAUCCGCUGCCUCUACUGUCUCGAGGUGGACGACCAUCGGAUCAGCAGUCGGUCUGGGUCUUGGACUCUUUGCUGCCAUCCGUCUGCGAAGCAGUCGCAAGGCUUUCUUUGACGCGAUCCGAGCUCAAGAACGACCGACCAAGGUCGUGUUCGCCGACGGACGCACCGAGGCUCUCCCUGAUUUGACCCCCAUGCUGAAGCCCACUACGUUGGGUGACGUCGCAACUUACUUCUUUGCCUCCCUCGGCGGCUUGUUCCUCGGCGGAGAACUCGGCUUUGCAGGAGGUGCAGCCAGCGGCAGCCGGACGAUCACAGCUGAUCCCGAGAGGAGAGAACGGGUGGAGACUGCGUUCCGCAGAUUCAGAGCCGACGUUUUACGACGGGAGGCAGACUCGCUGGAUAAGGGGGCCAGUGUCUCCGAGAUAAUGUUCUAA